AUGGCAACUAGAGGUUUCUCCGAGGACAACUGUCUUGACGAGGGUGCUUUGGGCCAAGUUUAUAAGGGAGACCUAAAUGGUGAAAAGGUAGCAGUUAAGAAAUUUAAUAAUCCUAGGAAGCAAGAAGAAGAAUACACAAAGAUGAAAGCUAUUGCUAGUGGAUACCAUCACAAAGAUCUUGUUAACCUUAUUGGAUACUGCGAAGAUGGAGCCAAUAGACUGCUUGUUUAUGAGUUUGUUCCGCAGUGCAAAUCCUUGGGACAUUAUUUUGAUGAACUAAAGCGUUUAGGUGAGGACGGUUGUUGGUGCAUAUUUCAUGAAGCUUGCAUACCAUCGGCAGAAGCCUUGGCAAAUGAACGUGCGAAAGAAAAUAUUUACUCGUGGCAUAUAUCAGUGCAAUGGAAGGACGCAUUUUUUCUUGAUGGUCAUUGUGAGCUCAAGAUGUAUGGCUCUGAAUAUACUAGUACCCUUGAGUUCACCGAGAAGACUACUAUUUAUUCUUAUGGUGCAAUGUUUCUGGAGAUGAUAAUUGGAGAAAAACAUUUUGAUGAUAUAGUUCAAUGGAUACUUGAAGUUGUUAAAGGAAAACUCGAUCUGCAAGAUCUCUACAAAGGGGAACAACAGCUAACAAAGCGAGUUGGGCCAACCUUCGGCUUGGAAUCUCUGCCCAUGCCCAAGAUUAUGGCAAGUUGA